CACCGCGAGUCCCUCUUCUCCUUUUCACCUAGCAAUUCCUCUCGACUUGCUCUCCCUGCGCCCGAGACAUCGCAUUCCCUGGUAUACCACGCCUCAAUUCAGCCGAGGAACCUCCCUCCGACCUCCCCAAUACCCCGGGCUCACGCACAGCCGUAGCAGCAACCCAUUGCUACGCUCCCCUCGAUUCCCCUCCUCCACCUACUCACCCCUCCGCGAUUCACCAUGGCUCAAAUCAGAGGCACCGCCGGCUACCACCUCGGCAACCAAUCCUCCGCGUCCUUCGGCGGGCCCUCGAAUUCCUCCGCGACCAACGACCCCUCGCCCCUCGAUGCCAUCCGCCGCCAGACGAGCAAGAUUGAGGAUCUCUUGGAUACGUGGUCGGACCCCGUCAAGCCGUAUCUGCCGGCCAUUGGGAGGUUUUUGAUCGUGGUGACGUUUAUUGAGGAUGCUAUUAGGAUACUCACGCAGUGGGGGGAUCAGUUGGAGUAUUUGCAUCAGUAUCGGCAUAUGCCCUGGGGCGUCAACCACGUCUUCCUCCUCGUCAACGUCGUCGCCAUGGUCAGCAGCAGCCUCCUCGUCAUCAUCCGCAAAUACAGCGAAUACGCCGUCUGCGGCCUCAUCGGCGUCGUCGUCACCCAAGCCCUGGGCUAUGGACUCAUCUUCGACCUGAACUUCUUCCUGCGCAACCUGUCCGUUAUGGGCGGACUCAUCAUGGUUCUCUCCGACAGCUGGGUGCGCAAAAAGUUCGCCCCGGCGGGACUCCCACAACUCGACGAGAAGGACCGCAAAAUGUACUUCCAGCUCGCCGGACGGGUGUUGCUGAUAUUCCUGUUCAUUGGAUUCGUUUUCGCCGGCGAGUGGAGCUUGGGCAGAGUGUUGGUUAUUAUCCCCGGUGCGAUCGCUUGUGUGAUGGUGGCGGUGGGAUUCAAGGCGAAGUGGAGCGCGAUUGUGCUGGUGAUGAUUCUCAGCGUGUUUAACAUUCUGGUCAACAACUUUUGGACGCUCCACCCACACCACCCGCACAAGGACUUCGCCAAGUACGACUUCUUCCAAAUCCUGUCCAUUGUCGGUGGGCUUCUGCUGUUGGUCAACAUGGGACCGGGACAAGUCAGCUUCGAUGAGAAGAAGAAGGUCUACUAGACAAGCACAAGCAAGAGGCCGAGCAACGGACAGGGCAACACAUCCAAAGAUUCACUGUUCGGAUCCGUCCAUGGUACGCGCCACGAAGGAGUUUGGAGAAAAGAGGUGCUUGCUGGAUGAGGCAAGAUGGAGAAGAAAAAGUACCUAUGCAUAUGCCGCGAGAGGCUGUUGCGCCUUUCGACCGCACAUGAG